AUGCCACCACCUCAUGGAGCUCAACCACUAUGGAUGAAAAAUUUGCUUCAAGCAAAUUUCUAUGGAGACAAUGAUACUUGUGACAUAGAAGGCCAUCGUUGGAAAACAGUUUUUUGCAAAAGCUGUAUGGAUGGACCGAUUUGCGGAAAAUGUUGCAGAGAUUUGCAUGAAAAUCAUGAUGUUUUGCAAGUUUACAAAGCAUCUAAACAGGUAGCAGUGCCAAAAGAUGAUAUAAUGGAAGAUAUGGAUACUGAUGGCAUACAGCCCUUCAUAGUUGAGUCCGUAGGAGGAAUCUUUCUCAAUGGUGAAGUUGAUCCGCCACCGCCAAACAAUGGCCUAGAGGUCAAGGAUAACACCCAAGAAGUCCGGAAAACCCACCUUCCUAUAAGAAGGCAUAGAAGAAAAGCAGUACCGCCUCAUAGAUCACGUCUCAAAUAA